GUGACCGCGACUACGCGUGCAGUUCAAUCUGCACCAGUCUUCAAUCCUAUCUCUCUGUUUGAAACCUUCUUCUGUAUCAUUCGAGAGCUCACAGACAACGAUUCUAGUCUUCUUGGCGAUACAGCAGCGCUCUAUCCUUUCGAACACAAGCAUUCCACACACGCGAUGUCUGGUCUACUGAACAGCGUCCAGUCAAUACUGGGGAAGCUAUGGACCAACACGGCCAAUGGCUUCGACAAGAUACUCCCACCAGAUAGGCGAGAUGAGCUGCUUUCAAAGCUCCAGGACUUCGCAAACAAGAACCCCAAACUUGCCGCAUUCCUAGCCACCCACGUCGUCCUCACGGGCAUCCCCCUCGUCCUUUUCACCUUCUUCAUUCUCUCCGUCUUCGUCUUUUCCCUCAUCACCGCUCUCCUCGCGAGCAUCCUCGCCGCCGUCUUCUUUACGUUGUUCAUGGUUGGCGUGGCGCUGUUGUUCCUCGUACCUACGCUCUUCUUGACGACGUUCACGGCGAGUUUUGUGUUUCUGUGGGGGCUGGGAGGGUGGUUUGUGCUGAAAUGGUUCACGCAAGAGGGAAGUGCAUCAGAUAGAAAGAGAUUUACCUCUAGAGCCGACGGAUUCACUGGUGGUCGCGCGGAGUGGGUGGGCAGAGGGGCGGGUGAGAAGCGGGUGCUUACGCACAGUAGCGACGAGGAAGGAGCAGAACGGCAAAGCGACAGCCACAGGUUGAGCGAAAUGGCGAAUGUAAAGGCGAGUGGAACCGCUGCUGGAAGGGAAUUGGAGAAGGUCACGGAGAGCCUAGAGGACGAGACGAAUCGACAGCCGCUCCACUUGCCUGUAAAGAUCCUGAAGAUCGUUGAAGCCGAGGAGAAUGCUGCGGGUGCAGAGAACUCCGUAGUGGCUGAUGCAAAGGAGACAGUGGGCGGCGCUGCUGAAACUUAAUGAUUCACAGGGGUAUUGCUGAGCAUGCUUGGAGUUGUCAUUAUGUGAAGGGCACGCGACACUAUAUCAUUUACUUUUGUACGACCAAUUGACGAAACAUUGACU